CAGACAAAAAAUAUCUUUUUAUCCAGGCGGCAGUAACAUAUAUUUCCCAGUUCAAAAUGGAAGAGGAGCAGCUGGUGACCAUUGUGAUGCCGGAGAAAAAGCCGUGUAGACCAAUUCAACCACCGCCCAUCUAUCAAAAGCUAAUGGUGGAGAACCUGACCAUCAUACGACCGCCUAUCUUAAAGAUUUUCUACUGGGAGAGCUUUGAUAUUCCGGGACUGAACAGGAAGUUGCGAUCCAACCGCCCAGAGCACGAGCAUACGAUCGUAAUACCCAUUCGCCAGAUUCACAGCCAUCCUUUGAAGAUGGUUUUUUGGCUGCGUAACCUCUCUUCCAAAAACACCACAAUAUCCCUAAAGCGGAUCCAGAAUUGCCAGUGCCAACCGUUGAAGACCCAAGUCGGGUUCAAUCAGUUCCGUCAGCUAUUCCACUGUCCCCAUCGCAGGCUGCUCCACAUCAGUCAGGAGGUCCUGGCCAUCAAACCAGAUGAGGUGGUGGCCCUCACUGUCACAGCCUUCUUUUUCCUUUACGGCGAACACCUGCUCACCUACGAAGUUAAUACCGAGGACAAACGAAAGUUCCUGUGGCACUUUCAUUUGGAAAUCACCUCUUUCGACUUGGAAAAGUGCCUGCUCUCCAAGGAACUGCUGCCAGUGAACAUCAAAACCUAUUACCAUGUCACCCAGCCAUUGUGGGUUCAGAACAUCACGAUGUCGCACCUUUCGUUCUCCUUCGCAUCGAGGGAUCGUGGUCUCAAGCUGCUCAAUAUGAAUCUUACAGUUCCUCGACAGAGUGUUUGGCCUCUUUUGGUGGACUAUCGGCCAUUGGAUUACGAAAAUGAGGCGGAACUUGUCCUGUCCUACGAAAGUACCAAGGCUCGUUACAAAAUCAAGGCUCGAGGAGUGCUGACCGAUGAAAAGGAGCAAACGGACAUGCCCUUAAAAGAACGGGAAUGUGCUGAUUUUUUGCACGUCAUCUACCCAAACAGAUUGAGUUUCGAAAUCUGUUUAAAGGAAGAUCGGACACAGCUAGUUAAUGUCCACAAUUACGGACAGAAAUGCAUGGAGUUCCGUUGGCAAAGCUACAUUAUCAACGAGUUUUUCGGGGUGGUCUUCAACCCACCGAUUUUCCGACUUAAGGGCCAUCAUUCCAAGUUGUGUGAGAUCAGGGUGUCUGUAUUCGAUCGACUGUUGCACUUUCGUCGAAUUCCCAUUGUCCUAGAGGUGCACAGGAUUUUGGACCCUGCCACCUUGAUAGCCAAGCAGGAACUGGAGGAGAUCGAGUCCAUCGAUGAUCCCAAGUGGAAAGAGGAUAGCUAUUUGGAGCACGUCUAUCUGCACCUUAACAUCCGCACCAUCGUAAAACCAGCGCUGGAUAGCACGGAUGAGACGGAACCCGGUGACAAGAUUGACCCCACGGCUGGUCCGGAUCCCUGUGCUCAAUUUGGAUCUGGAGUUGCAGGGGGAAUGGGAGAGGGAGACGGUCCUUCGCCAACACCCGUGCAAACUGAAGAGCAACGCAAGGAGGCCGAGCGAAAGGAGGUGAUCAGCCGGUUGGCGGGCAAGAACAAGCUCAACUCCAACGAGAUCAUCGAGCUGAGCAUGGCCAUCGACCAGCGCAUCACCAUUUUCGAGAAGCUCUUCUGGAAGUAUCUCAGCAAGUCCAAGUUUAUGCGGAUCAAUGGGGAACGCAAGCGGCAGAGAACUACGAAGACCUACGAGCAAGUUAUAUCACUGGAUGACUCACCCCCGCCGGAGACUGCCGCGGAUUUGGAUCGCAACCACAUUAUAGAUAUAUUAUCCCGGCUGAUGCAGGAGGCCAUCAACGACUUGGCCAAGAACUGGGUCUUCAUCCCGCCGCAGUAUUACGAACGCAGCCAUUAAAUGUUCCCGCCGUUAAGUAAAUGCAUUUCACCACCAA